AGAUAUGAAAUUGUGAGAUAUAGGAGGGAGGACCAAAGAAAGCAACGAUAUUUGUUUGGAGUUAUUCCGCCAAUGGUGCAGAUCAACAAAAACAGAGGAGGGAUUGAAGGGUUGAGGAAUGGGGCACCAAAUCCCAAUCCCAAUCCCAAUCCAAUCCCCUCCGUAGCAUUACUCCCCCUUCCCACGACGGCCAUUCAUGGAUCACCCCGGCGGCCACGCUCCUCUUUCUGAACCCAACACCCCAACCACCCCAAGACCCACCCUAUUCCUCUCCACUUCGGGCAAAGCCCUUCUUGUCUCAAACUCCAACAAAUCCCUCGUCAUUUCCAAUUCCGGCAAACGCCUCGUCGAGACACCCUGCAAGAAAAAAUAUGUUAAACAGGUCACCGGUCGUCAUAAUGACACCGAGCUUCAUCUUGCCGCGCAACGCGGUGAUGCUGCUGCUGUUAGGAAUAUUCUGGCUGAGAUUGAUGAUCAAAUGAUGGGAACGCUUAGUGGUGCUGAGUUUGAUGCUGAAGUUGCGGAUAUAAGGUCUGCCAUUGUUAAUGAAGUUAAUGACUUGGGUGAAACCGCGCUUUUUACCGCUGCUGAGAAAGGUCGUUUUGAUGUUGUUAAAGAGCUUCUUCCUUAUACCACCAAAGAAGGACUAUCUUCCAAAAACCGCUCUGGUUUUGAUCCCUUGCAUAUUGCAGCAAAUCAAGGUCACAAAGAGAUUGUGCAGUUGCUGCUAGACCAUGAUCCAGAGCUAAUCAAGACAUUUGCACAGUCAAAUGCAACUCCUCUUGUAUCUGCAGCUACAAGAGGGCAUGCGGAUAUUGUUGAAUUGUUACUAUCUUAUGAUCCUAGUCAAUUGGAGAUAGCUAGAUCCAAUGGAAAGAAUGCACUUCAUUUAUCUGCACGUCAGGGAUAUGUUGAUAUUGUCAAGAUAUUGUUAGGGAAGGACCCGCAACUUGCUCGAAGGACUGAUAAGAAAGGACAAACGCCCCUUCAUAUGGCGGUCAAAGGGGUUAACUGUGAAGUGGUGAAGUUGCUUCUUGCUGCUGAUGGUGCAAGUGUCAUGCUUCCAGACAAGUUUGGCAAUACUGCAUUGCAUGUAGCCACCAGGAAGAAGAGGGUAGAGAUAGUGAAUGAGUUGCUGCUUCUUCCCGACACCAAUGCGAAUGCCCUUACAAGAGACCACAAAACACCUCUUGACCUUGCGGAAGCACUUCCAAUAUCAGAAGAGAUUUUGGAGAUCAAGGACUCACUUAUUCGUUAUGGUGCAGUUAAAGCCAAUGAUCUCAACCAGCCAAGGGACGAGCUGAGGAAAACCAUGUCUCAGAUUAAGAAAGAUGUUUCUUUUCAGCUUGAACAAACUCGAAAAACAAACAAGAAUGUGAAUGGGAUUGCCAAGGAGCUACGCAAGUUGCACAGAGCAGGAAUCAACAAUGCUACCAACUCUGUAACUGUGGUUUCUGUGCUAUUUGCAACGGUUGCAUUUGCAGCACUUUUCACAGUCCCUGGUGGGGAUCAUGAUAAUGGGAUGGCUGUGAUGGUUCACACUGCAUCUUUCAAGACCUUUUUCAUCUCUAAUGCUAUUGCACUUUUCACUUCGUUGGCUGUGGUGGUGGUUCAAAUAACUGUUGUUAGAGGGGAGAUAAAGUCUGAGAGAAGGGUUACAGAGGUGAUCAAUAAGAUGAUGUGGUUAGCCUCUGUGUGCACCUCAGUUUCAUUUGUUGCAGCAUCUUAUAUAGUAGUUGGUCGACGCAGCCUGUGGGCUGCAAUCCUUGUUACUGUUGUAGGGGCGAUUGUAAUGGGUGGUGUUCUUGGAACAAUGACAUACUAUGUUAUCAAAUCCAAACGUCACCGAAGAGUGAGGAAGAAAGAGAAGAUCUCAAGGAAUGGAACACAUUCAUGGCGUAAUUCUGAUUCGGAAUCAGAAGUAAAUCCAAUUUAUGCUAUUUAAUAGUCACUUUGCACUUACAAU